GCGCGUACACGGACAGGGAGGCAGUUGCUGUCGCUAUCCUUGACACGUGGUGAGCAAGGUGUACCCUUGACAAGAUCCGCACUGCACCGGCGCCUGCAGGCGGCCGGUCUCCGGCGGCCACGUGUCCGACAGAAGUACAAUCGACGAUCGAGCGACAAUGGUGGCAACUGGAGCUGCUGCGAUGGUCGCCACUCCCAGGACGAAGAAUGUGAUGAAUGGGAAUGGCAAUUUAUCGUCAUUGUCCGGCGCCAUGGUCUUCUGUCACCGAGCGGACUCUUCAGCGGAGACGGAGAGCGACGGUCUGAAAGAGUGGCUGCGCGAUCACGGCUCGGCCUCGCUUCGGAAUCAUGGUAGGACAGCGCAGGGCGAUCAUGGUUCGGAAAUCAAUGGUAACGGCGGCGCAUUAACGGCAUGUAACGGGGCGAUGGAAGUCAAUGGUAACGGCGGCGCAUUAACGGCGUGUAACGGGGCGAUGGAAAUUAACGGUAACGACGGAUUAACGGCGUGUAACGGGGCGACUGAUAUCAAGGGCAACGGAGCAUUAACGGCGUGUAACGGGGCGACUGAAAGCAAUGGUAACGGCGGCGCAUUAACGGCAUGUAACGGGGCGACGCAAAUCAAUGGUAACGGAGCAUUAACGGCGUGUAACGGGGCGACGAGGACGGCGGACGAUAAUAGGGGUCAUGGCAACGGCUUGGCGGCAAACGGGUGCAAGUUGAACGGGGACAGCGUCGGCAAAGGAGCAGGCGUGGUCGGGAGCUAUGGCAAGGAGUCCGGCUCGGGCUCGCCGGAAGGGAGGAAGAUGGCGGGCUAUCGGCGGGCAAGCAAGGGGUCGAGUAUGGGGAAUGGCUCGGUGAAAGUGUGCUCGGUGAAUGGCUCGGCGAACGGCUCGGGGAAUGGUUCGGUCAAAGGUUUGGUGAAAUGCUGCGAUGGUGAAACAGAACGGGUGGUUGUGGCGACGACUGAGAUGAACGGCCACGGCUUUUCGGGGAAUAAGGGGUCGAUCUUGACGGAGAAAACAUCAAGAACAACGAUGGCGACGACCUCAGAUCUGGCGACCAAGAAGACGGCGAUGGAGGCGCAGAGAGAUAAGGCUGUGUUUACGACGAGUGCCGAUCAGAUUGGCGACAUGGCGUUGAGAACUGUCAGCACGGACAACAAGCGGGGCAGCUGUUGCGAGUCAGUGCUCGACGGACCGGUCAUGAAAAAUGACGAGUCGCCGCUGCAGAACGGCCAUGGACUGGUCGCUGAGCUGCUGUCUUCACCAACAACGCCGUGCAACGGACGACUGAGCGAGAACACGUCGUGCAACGGGGUUGGACUCAGGAAGCAGUCGAGAGAGAGCUGCCAUGGCGAUGCUGACAUUGACCCUGCCGAUGAUCUCGACCGCAUUAGGAGGAAGACGACGAGGACGAAGAAGAAGAAGAAUAGGAGACUGCUCUGCUGUUUGUGCGCCUCCAAGGUUAAGGCGGUGCCGCCAAUAACGGUAAAGCAUCAGAGGAAGGAUAGCCAUCGUCGUCUCAGCCCGCACAAUGAUAAUGAUGCCACCCAAACCGCAACGUUGUUGGAUGAUCCAUGCACAGAAGGCCUACAUGCUCUGCUUGACGACCUCAAGGACCUGGAGCGAAAUGCCAUCGACUUGGCGAACCAAUAUGCUGCGACGAUUCAAGAAAUGGACGUUCAAUACAAGAGCAGUGCGAAGAAUCUUAUCCACUAUUUCAGUGUGCGCAAUACUGAUAUACGGAAAGUUCAAGAUCGGCUGGUAUCACGGGGAUUUUCAAGUUUGGGACAUCUGGAAGCACAUGUGCUAGCACACAUUAGAGGAGUCAUGCAGAUAUUGUCAGGUGUGAUUGCCUAUGGAGGAACGGGUGUCCAUCAGAUGUCAUCUGCCCAUUCAGAACAAGGAGACGGACAAUCCCCAGCCAUGAAGCCCUUUUGCAAGUCAUUUUCAACCUUGCCAUCCUCGUCCCCAUCACUGUUGCAAUCACCACCAGCAUCACCAUUACCAUCGCCAUUGCCGCCCCAAGUGUCAUCUCCUCUGCAGCCAAUUCAUACUGUGGCUCCCGUCCACUCGAGCAGACAUGGCAGAUGGGGAGUGUGUAUCAACAUGGGCCAUGAACAGCUUGAGCUCAAUACUCAGCGGCUCUUGGGGCCUCGUGAGAAGCAUAGAUCAGCGAGAAUAAUGGUCACCCUACCUCGUGAGGCACAGGAUGACACUGAAUUGAUCACCGACCUGCUGAAGAGCGGGAUGAAUGUCGCACGCGUGAACUGCGCAUACGAUGAUGACACAGUGUGGAAAAAGAUUGCCGACAACGUGCGUGAGAAGAGUCGCGAGCUAAAGAAGUCGUGCAAGAUCCUGAUGGACCUGGGAGGUGCAAAGCUCAGGACCGGACCCCUUAGCCCAGGCCCACGUGUGGUUAGUUUCGGACCCAAAGAAGAUGCCCUUGGGAAGAAAAUCGCUCCAGCAACUAUCUGGUUGGCCCCACCAAAGGUCUCCGUGCCACGCGGCAAACCAUGUGAUGCCUGUGUUCCUGUUCUCCCUGAAGACUUUCCCAGCAUGUUGCAGAUUGGAGACGUGCUGGAGGUGCAGGAUGCUCGAGGGAAGAUCCGCAUACUCACAGUCGUUGAAGUUGACCGUGACGGUAACGUUGAUGGAGCACGUUCCGCUCGGACAGGGGGGUGCUUUCUGCAAUGUCAGAGGAGGACAAUCCUGGAGUCGGGCUCGGAAAUUAGAUUGCUUGCCCGGGAAGGCGAUGAUGGCAUCGCCUCGUCAAACCUGCUGUCAACAUCAUCAGCGUUAACAUCAUGUGGUGGGGACCAGCGUUGUGUUGGGGAUAAGGGACAGACGCAAGAGAGCGAUCUGGGUCACAGGAGAAGAGUGCUUCAGACGGCUAUAGUGCAACAGCUCAAGACUGCAGACAAUCCAAUCGUUGUUAUGAAAGGUGACAUACUCAUUCUGACGCGAGACUUGAGUCCCGGUUUUCCCGAGGUUCGCUGCGCCGUUACCAAGGAACUGAAGAGACCAGGGCAGAUAGCAUGUCCCGUGGAGGAGGUCUUUGACUGUGCGGAGAGGGGGCAUCCCAUCUUACUGGAUGACGGUCGGAUCAAAGGGAUAAUAGAGGAAAUUGAUCACGAUAGGAUUGUCGUAAAGAUCGAAAAUGCAGAUGCCAAGGGAACUAAGCUCCGAGCUGAUAAAGGCAUCAAUCUCCCGAAGACCAAGUUGAAACUGAAGGGCCUGGUCGAGAAGGAUGUAAGGGAUCUUGACUUCAUUGCAGACAAUGCGGAUAUGGUGGGAUUCUCGUUUGCGAAUGACGCGGAGGAUGUAGCAGCACUGCAGCGGGAACUGUAUAGACGCUCCGGGAGCAAGAAGGGGAUCGUGCUGAAGAUCGAGACGAACAGGGGAUUCGACAAUCUUCCCUGGAUGCUGCUAACAGCAAUGAGAACUGCCAAUCCGUUCGGCGUUAUGAUUGCUCGCGGAGACCUAGCAGCGGAGUGUGGGUGGGAGCGGAUGGCAGAGAUUCAAGAGGAAAUCCUUUGGGCUUGUGAGGCUGCUCAUGUUCCUGUGAUCUGGGCAACACAGGUUCUUGACAGAUUGGCAAAGACAGGCACUCCAACACGUGCAGAGAUUACCGACGCUGCAAUGGGUGAGAGAGCAGAGUGUGUUAUGCUUAACAAAGGUCCAACGAUCGUGGAGGCAACGAGGUCCCUUGACGACAUCUUAAGGCGGAUGCACGAUCACCAGAGAAAGAAGCAACCACGAUUAAGGACACUGGCUCUUGCAACGAAAUUCCUGGAAGCUGCCCCAAAAACCUAGACUGCGGAGUGCACGCAGCGACGAAAAGACACCUUGGCUGUGCUUGCUUUCCCGUUGGAGCACGUGAGUGUCAAGUACUAAAAGAGGCCGAGCAAUGCGCCCUGAGCUCCUCUCCUCCCAUGUGAACUGUGCCGCUGAGCAAGUGCUUGAGAUGAUGGUCAGUCUCUCUCUCUCUGUCUGUCUGUCUGUCUGUCUGUCUGUCUGUCUGUCUCUCUCUCUCUCUCUCUCUCUCUCUCUCUCUCUCUCUCUCUCUCUCUCUCUCUCUCUCUCUCUNUCUCUCUCUCUCUCUCUCUCUCUCUCUCUCUCUCUCUCUCUCUCUCUCUCUCUCUCUCUCUCUCUCUGAUCAGGUGAAGCGGUUUGAGUUGAAUUGGUUGGCACAAUGACAUUCUAGCAGUGUGGAAUUCGAGGGUCGGCACAUUGGAGCUAGAAGAUUGUGUGAAGUCAGGCAAUUUGGCAUAAUUACAGUAGUAGUACCAUACCACACCAAUGUGUGCCCGCCACCUUGCCACACAAGGAGACGGCAUGUGGUGUGAUGAGGCCUGUGAAUGGUUGGUUUCAUGACAGCCGUGGCUGCUGAAUUGGAUUGUCUGUCCGCAAACACAAUUUGUCGAACUUGAAAGUUUUACUUGGAUUUUGUUAAGGCUGGUUGUUAGGUGUUAGGUGUUAGGUGUUCACACAGCAAGCUGUGAGCUAGCUAUACGCUAGGCCAAUUAAAAGUAUUGAUUUCAUGAUCACGUGUGCUUUGAUCAACCGACUGAUUGAUUGAUUCGUUGAUUGAUUGGUUUGACUCGGGCAUGAUUGAUUGAAUGAUUGAUUGGUUGAUGCAACAUGCACAUGCCACGUGUCACACAACAAGUGUGUGUGUGUGUGUGCGCGCGCCGGAAGGAUUUGCUGUAAAUUAUGUGUGUGUGUUAGUUGGCUUCAAGCAGGUCACAGGAGGUCCAUUAUGGUUGUCCGAUUACCCAAAUUUGAUUUCGGACUAGGAGGGAGGGGGGGGGGGGGGGGGGGGGGGGGGGGGGGGGGGGGGGGGGGAGGGGAAGCGGGGCAGGGUGUUUGUUGCCAGAGCCGAGCUUGGGCCAGUAGCUCAACCAGACCUGACCAGGGACCGUUUUGUUAAGAGAGAGCGACGUCCUUGAGAUACCAUCCUUGAACUGACCGGCCCAGGUAAUUCAGAAUUCUUUUUGUUCUGUUCAUCUGACUGUUUCUGGAUUCAAACUUGGGUCCGUAUGUCAACAAUUUAUGGGUGUACCAACUGGGCAGGGCCCGUUUCCCAUUUGCGUCGUCACCGAGCCUGUGGGGGCCUACUGAUUGUCGACUCCGAAGUCGCUUGCUUGGCCGCUCGGCAUGAGUGACCACAGCCACAUCAGUCCUAUGAAUGACAGAAUGCGAGAGAAUGUGAACGAGGAGGCGCCAGGCUGAUCAUCAUCAGAGGAAGAGAGACAAAGGCAGCCUUAGGUGCACGGAACGCACAAACAGGUAUGCAUCUUUCAGAGUGGCAGGAGGAAAUCUCACCGCCGGCUCUGUAAUCUGCUGAAGUUUGUCCAAGAAGCCCCCGUCUUUAUUCUGUGCCGGCCCCUGGACAAAAAUGCCGGUGUUCAUGCACAUCAGUCAUCGUUAUAUCACCUGAUGGGCAGGUUAACCAUCACGGGAUGCCGUGGCAUGUGAGUAUCGUUGUAUCUCGAGCUGCUGGGUCGGAUAGGUGACGAUCCUGCUGAUCACCAUCCCUUCUUCUUUCAGUCCUCAUCCCUUCUUCUUUCAGUCCUUUCGUACCUGUCAAGGACAGCGGGCAUUCAUUAAUCAGACUAUUUCAAAUUGAAUUUCACUCUGCCUUCGCUUGCUUACAAUGGCGGCGUGGAUGGAUCAGACAGACUAUCCCAUGGCAGAGAGGCCUCGGGGGAACGACUUGGUGCUGGUGCUCAUUCAGUGGACCCCGUCCCGGCAUGCACGGUGGCAACUUCAAUCAACAUUCAUUCCUUGUCAGUGCAGUAUUGAUAUCAGGUCUCCGUGACAGCACUACAGCACUGACAGUCACAGCGUUUUGAUUUGAUCUCUCCGCCAGCGCUGUAUACAGAGAGCCCUCGAGCGGCUGAUUCGCCGCUGAACCAAGAGUUGAAACUCAGGUGCCUCUUGAACUCACAAGACUCUCAGAGCCUCACUCCUUGAUGGUGGUAAAUCAGGUUUCACAGCGCUUUGCUUGGCGGACGUACAAGAAACGACAAGUGGGAGUCCACAGACAUGAUUCAGCCAGCCAGCACUCUGCAGCACUCACUUGGUGAAUCUAUCGGGCGAAUGAAGCUCAAGUCAACCAUCACAUCAUGACGAUGAUUCCAAACAGGACACGUAGUUAAUGUGCUGGUGGGCUCUCCAGACAUGCUUCCGAACCCGACACGUCGUCAGUCCAGAUUCGUCACUUGCUGAGGACUUGUAUCUCAUCCUACGUCAAGUGAUCUAUGGCUGGCUGGACGCAUGUUCUGCUGACUUGCACUCCUCUUCUCCCUCGUUCCUCCUCUUUGACAGCGGAGUCGUUUUCUACCUUGGAGUCGAAAGGAGGUCCUACCAGGUCGAAGGUGUGAGGUGAGUUGUGGGAUAGAGAGCAUGAUGCAAACCCACUGCGUGUGCUUUGGGUGUUUAGUACUAGGAAUUCUUCAAUUGGGCAGUGUUUGUCCACUCGAAGGCUGCACUGCAUUCAGGAGACAAAGGCAAGCCCCAUGCCACUGCCAGCCACUGGUGUCAACCUGACGCUCACAAGAUUGGAAUUGGGAAACUUCCCGUCAGACAUGCUUAUCAAGCUGGGGGAUGGAGUGGAUGCUCCCUUAGAAUAGAACGGAGUCAGGGCCAUAAGUGCCCUGUUUUGUCAGGGUGGAUGCGCCUGAGUAUGUGAAUGGUGGGGUGCCGUUAGGUGUCAUUGUGCUUGUCUGCCUACUGAUGGACGGAUAGACAAGGGAAUGGAGGGGAAGAGGCAGGGAGGGGGAGGGGGCUGCGGUGCGGUAUAAUUGUGCUCCUGCCCUGAAUAUGAUAGGGCUGGGGUGCAGUCGGUGUCAUUGUGCCCCAAAGUAGAAACAGAUGCAGGGUGGGGAGGGUUGAGGGGGGGGCCGGGGGGGGGCAUGUCAGCGAGUCCAGUGCAGAAACCAUUGGUGUCGACCUCGACCCGGAAACUGGGCUUUUCACUUGCACCGUCGAAAGGUGGCCAUGAUAGCCACAAGAUGGAUUUCAAAUCCGGUUGUGGAGCAUAUAUGUGUGCUGGAGCACGUGUUGUCACACACACGAUGUGUUGCUGUGCUCUUGCUGCCCGCAUAUGGGGGGCGUGUGGCGGUAAUCAUUUGUGAGUUCAGUUUUGCAGCUGGGGAACCUUGAGUGCCUGAUCUUGUUACAGUCAUCCUGGUAGUUGUGGUGACUGCAACUGACAUGACAUGACAGGACAUGACGGGACAUGACAUAAGUGCCCAGGCUCAUCAUCGUGACAAUCGUCUGUGUGUUGUCUUUUCCCAACACACAGACGCUGGCAGGAAGGAGGUUCAUUCCUCAAUAGCGAAUAGACAGAAAGAUUUGAGGCUAUUUGUUAGUAGGUGACGACGUGGCGACAGAAAAAAAAGGCUCAGAUCAGCUUAACCAAGCUUUGUGUGUGGCCCUAACUCCCUCCCUCCCUCCCUCCCUCCCUCCCUCCCCCUCUCUGCAGACACAGCCCACGCACACAUUUCACAGAAUGCUUAGUGCGUAGAAACGACCUUUACUGAAGGCAAGGCAGAAAAACGUUCAGCCUGUCUUUUGCAUGUGAAGGCGUCUAAGUUCAGCCUCUCGUUUGCAUGUGAGGGUGUUAGCAGAAGUAUUGGCAGGUCGCUAAACUUUUUUUUUGGGAUUCUCAGGUGGGUCGGUGUGGCUUUACGUGCCUGCAAGAUUGUGCAUGCAUCUGGCUCUGUUUCUGCAUUCAGGGAGUGUGAUAAAGGAGAUGUUAGAUAGGUAGGUAGAAAGCAAAACAGGUGUGGCCCGCCAUGUGUGCUAGUGAAAUCGCAUGCUUUUGAAAGAGGCGCCUCUGCGUUGUCCAGUGUUGGGACAAGCAGGCAGCAAAAAGAAGCCCCGCAUCAAAUAGCUUCAGCAAGCAAGAUAGCUUCUUCUCAUCUUCUUCGGCGUUUUUUUUUUUUUUUUCUGUUCUUGAAUGCGCCUCCUGUUUUUUACUGUUUUUGUUUUUUCAUCGCAAGUUGACAACAGUUUUGUGAUCGCUGGCUACAUCAGCCACCUACCUCUCCUCUCCUUUUUUUUUUCACGUUAGCCUCAGUACGUGGCCCGUUGGAGAGAGGUUUGCGUACCUCUUGAAAUCUCUGAAAUUGCUGGCCAACCUGCUGCUAUGGAUCAUACAACGACAACCUAUCAAAGAAGGCGAGUAAGUCUAAGAGAGGGGGUCUGCGAGGUGGGUGGGUCGGCUGGCCCCGUGGCCACCACACUUCAAUUUUUGACGGUUAAUAAAAAAAAAUUAUCGCAGUUAUUUCAACCUGAUUUUCAAUGUACACGGAUCAGUUCGAGAUCAUAUUAAUAAAACAUUGUGGACAUU